CAUUGCUUCCCUGAUCUCGUUCAGCUGCCAAUGUCAACCAAUUCCAUUAGUCUUGCCAACUGUGCAAAGCAGAGAGUUUCUUAUUUCUACGACAACGAUGUUGGAAAUUUCAGUUACGGCCCAGGCCAUUAUAUGAAACCCAAGCGAAUGCAAAUGGUCCACAACAUGGUCGUUAAUUACGGUCUUUACAAGCACAUGGAUGUCGUGAAACCUGAUCGGUUAACGGCAUACCAAAUGACCCGUUUCCAUUCGGACGAGUAUAUUAAUUUCUUGCAUCGGGUUACGCCUGACAAUGUCAGUCAAAUAGCCAUGCAACAUGGUGGAUUGGAGCAAGGAAUAGCACGUUUCAACGUAGGAGAAGAUUGUCCGGUGUUUGAAGGCUUGUUUGAGUUUUGCUCCAUAUCUGCUGGCGGAUCUAUAGGUGCGGCAAACAAAUUGUUGAAUGGUGAGGCGGAUAUCGCCAUCAAUUGGUCUGGAGGUCUCCAUCACGCAAAGAAGAGCGAGGCUUCUGGUUUUUGUUAUGUCAAUGAUAUUGUUUUGGGUAUUCUGGAGCUUUUGCGGUACCACCAAAGAGUUUUAUACAUUGAUAUUGAUGUCCAUCACGGAGAUGGCGUAGAGGAGGCAUUUUACACAACGGAUCGCGUCAUGACUUGUUCAUUCCAUAAGUUUGGCGAAUUCUUCCCUGGAACUGGUGAUGUGCGGGAUACUGGCCUCGGAAAAGGUCGACGCUAUGCUGUGAACGUACCUUUAAGAGAUGGUAUAGACGAUGACAGCUACAAAAACAUCUUUCAACCGGUGAUUAAACAUAUUAUGGAGUGGUACCGACCAGGCGCUGUUGUACUUCAGUGCGGUGGCGAUUCCUUAGCUGGCGAUCGAUUAGGUUGUUUCAAUUUGUCUAUGAAGGGGCACGCCAGCUGUGUCGAGUACAUGAAAUCUUUCAACGUUCCGCUUAUGAUGCUUGGUGGAGGCGGUUAUACCAUUCGUAAUGUCGCACGAACAUGGACAUAUGAAACUGGUCUGGCUCUUGGACUCGAUUUAUCUGAGCAGGAACUACCUUACAACAAUUACUUUGAAUACUUUGGCCCUGAAUACAAGUUGGAUGUUCCAAGCAACAAUAUGGCUAACCACAACACACCUGAAUACCUUCAGAAGAUGACUUCUAAGAUAAUAGACAACUUACGCAGUAUGCCAUUCGCGCCGUCAGUGCAGCUACAAGAGGUGCCAAGAGACCUUACUUUGGAAGAUUAUCUUGACGGCGAGGACAGCGAUGAUGAAGACUGGCGUAUAUCUCAGCGAUUUGUAGAGAAGCGUAUAGUGCCCAACGGGAUGUCCGAUUAAAUAACUUUUUCCUCAUACCACAUUUCCAACCUUGUUUUGAUCACCACCAAUGUCUUUGUUUCGCUUAUCUUUUUUCACUUUCUGAACAGUUGUUUGCGAUGGAAACGCUCAUGUUUACACCUAGGUCGGAUACUCUGCAAGUAAUAUAAUCGCAAUAAACAUAAAAUACACCCCAUCAACUUGAUGUCCUGUACUGUGUUCGCGCAAUGGUCCACCUCAUCGACGAGAUGAAUUCAUC